AUGUCGAGUAAUAUCAGCGAAUCAACAAGGAAGCCACAAGAAACUCCAUCAUCAAACACAACCACAAACGAUGCUGGUGAUUUCGAAUGCAAUAUUUGCUUUGAAUUAGCUGAAGAUCCAAUCGUCACCUUAUGUGGUCAUCUCUUUUGUUGGCCAUGUCUAUACAAAUGGCUUCACAUUCACUCACGUUCACAAGAAUGUCCAGUAUGCAAAGCCCUAAUUCAACAAGACAAAUUAGUCCCUUUAUACGGAAGAGGAAAAACCCAAACUGACCCUCGGUCAAAACCCCUGCCCGAAUUCGAAAUCCCACAUAGACCAUCUGGUCAGCGACCUGAAACUGCCCCACCUGCCCAAGAUAAUGCUACAAACUUCCCGAAUUUCGGAUUUGGAGGAUUUGUUCCAAUGGCUUCUGCAAGAUUUGGGAAUUUUGCUAUGUCUUCAGGAAUCGGAGGUUUGUUUCCUUCUUUACUUGAUAUGCAAGUUCAUGGGUUUCAGAAUCCUUUACAAUAUGGGCCUAUUAGACAUGGAUAUGGGCCUAGGUUUUCGAGUGGGUUUCAUGGUGGACAUCAUGUUCAUGAGAUUUUUCAUUCGAGGAGAGGGAAUCAAGAGUAUAAUCUUUUGAAGACGUUGCUUUUGAUGAUUGGGAUCUUUAUUGUUCUUGUGAUGAUCUUGUAA